AGAUGUUUUAUUUAGAAACAUAGAUCAUAUGAUCACACAAACAUGAACAUUUAGCAAGUUAAGCAAGACAUGUAGACAAGGCAAGACAAGAACUUCAAGACUCAAGAACUCAAGAACAAUUCACAAGCACACCCAAAUAAAACAAAUAAAUCAGUAAAAGAAAAAUAAACACAAUGUCGUCAUUAACUCCAAAGCAUGAUAUUGAAGCCUGCAGAAGCGCCGGUGAUUGCUACCGAACUACCCUCAACAAUUUGAAAGCAUUGCUCAAGGAGGUUGAAGAAUGUGACAGACAAACUAAAACAGGAAAGAAUAAAUGCUGUUCAGAAACCUUUCCUCCAGAUUGGAGUAUCCCAGUUAUUACAUAUCCCAUUACUCCCCAAAGAGAAAAGGAGUAUUUUAUGAAUCUGAAAAUGCCUUGGGAGCGUCAGCAUUCCCAAAUAAUAGCCGGGAAAUAUUAUAUAUGUUCCUGUGUCAAAAGGGAUGGUCUUCAAGCUGACUGCCCGCUUGUGGGAUGCCAAGGUAGUGAACUAUGCUUGACCAAACCCUAUCCAAUCUGCCCCCCAAGCGGAAAUGCAGAAACAAAAGUAACACCUGAAAUGGCUGAAUGCUUAUUAGGUGGAUUACGACCCAAUAAUCCAAACUUGGAGGUAACUGAGUGCAAAGAGAACGAACCCUGCAACGUUAAAUGUGCAGAAUGUAAUGCAAGCUUACAAAAUAUUUGCAAAUGGAAUCCAGAUUUUUUUAACUCUGCAGGAAAUGCUAACAAUGAUGCUCGUAUUCCCGCUCCACCCACAAAGGAUACAGUCCCUGGUAAACCAAUUGUUUCGAAUGAUAAAGUGAUUGACCCAAGCCUUGCGAAGAUCACUUUUCAAUUUAGGAUGGCUGGACUAGACAAUGGAAUGAACAAUCAGAAUAUGGCAGACCCUUGCAAUGGGAUGAUUAAUCAGAAUAUUAUAGCAGAUCCUUGCAAUGAUAUGAACGGUAAGAAAACACCUGUUCAAUACAAUGGAAUAAAUAAUCAGAAUAAUAUGGCAGACCCUUGCAACCCUUGCAUUGGUACGAACAGUAAUAAGAUAGCCGUUCAAUACAACGUGAUAAAUAAUCAAAAUAAGGCUGAUUUGAAUAGUCAGAACAUGAGAGUCCCAUACAAUGGAACCAAUCAGAAUAAUAUGGUCGGCUUGUCCACUAAGAACAAUGUUCGAGAUAAUACAUUUGACUUGUGUAAUGGGAUGAACAAGACAGCAGAUCCGGGCAUUAGGUCGAAUAAUCAGAAUUACGUGGUUGCCCCAAACAAUGUGGCUAGUAAAAGCAAUAAAAUGGAUUAUUUCAACAAGACAGUGGAAAUGUGCAGUAGGGUUCAUAACAUGGAUAACCAAAGCAAUGGGAUGAAUAAGAAUAAAGUGGUUGCCCCAGGCAAUGGGAGAAAUAAUAUCAAGAUGGUUGACCCAUGCAGUGGGACGAAUAAUCAGAAUAAUGUGGUCGUCCCAAACAAUGUUGCUAAUCAAAAGAAUGGUUACAAUAAGAUAGUUGAAAUAUGUAGUAGGGUUCACUACAACAUGCCUUCCCAAAAUAAUGGGAUGAAUAAUAACAGAGUAGUUGAUCCGUGCAAUGGGAUGAAUAAUCAGAAUAAUAUGACUAAUCAAACCAAUCAAAUGAGAAAUAAUAUCAACAUGAACAUCCCUGCCCAAAAUAAUGGGAUGAAUAAUAGAGUAGUUGAUCCAUGCAAAGGGAUGAAUAAUCUGAAUAAUAUGACUAAUCAAACCAAUCAAAUGAAUAGUUACAGGGUAGUUGAUCAAUGCAAUGGGAUGAAUAAUGGUAAGCCUGUUAACAUUGGAACGAAUAGUUACAAGACGGGUGACACAAGCAAUGUGGUGGAUAAUCAGAAUAAUAUGGUUGUCCCGUUCAACCCAACUAGUCAGAACAAUACGCCUACCCCAUACAAUCCUGGUAAGAAGACUGAACCAUGCUCUAAGAUGGUACUUAAAUUUACAAUGGUUGACCCGACUAAAACCAGUAAUGCUAAGUUGGCUAACCAAUGCAAUGGAGAGAAUAGCAAUAAGAUGACUAACCCAUGCAACGGAAUGAAUAAUCAAAAUAGAAUGCCUGUUCAAUCCAAUGGGUUAAAUAAUAACGGUAAGAUUGCUGUCCAAAACAAAGGGAUGAAUCAAAAUAUGAUGGCAGACCCAUGCAAUCGGGUGAACAAUGGUAAAAUUGCUGGCCAAUAUAAUGAAAUGAACAAUUACAUGGCCAACCAAAGCAAUGUAAUGAACAAUUACAUGGCCAACCAAAGUAAUGUAAUGAACAACAAUUACAUGGCCAACCAAAGUAAUGUAAUGAAUAACAAUAUGAUGCCUAUUAAAUACAAUGGGUUGAAUAAUCCCAAUACGAUGGCUGUCCCUACCAAUGGAAAUCAACCAAGUUAUAUGUAUAAUUGUUCACCAUGCUCAACAAAUCCAAAUUUGUUUUGGUGUACCUUGCAAAAGUGAUUUAUCAUCACCAGUUCUGUCUUAUUGCACCAUAUGAUGCUUUGUGUUUAUUUGUAUUAUCGCUGUACAUAAUUUUACUACAAGGGAUGAUAAUACAUUCUUUUACUGAA